AUGCAGAGAGUGGCUGAAGAAAAAUCAAGAGAGCAUGUCCAAACCAGUAGCAUGACGGAUGGUAAGUCACCCCUAGCAAUAAGUGUGCUGUCGGAGAAGUGGCCAGAGAGACUCAAGAUACCUAACUUUGAAAACUUCGACGGAACCGGUUGUCCGGAAAGCCACGUCACCAAAUACUACAAUAAGAUGGUCCUACUGGAUGUAUCAGAUAUAAUACUGUGCAAAACAUUCCCAACCACACUUAGCGACACAGCACAACGAUGGUACAACAGCUUGAAGGCCAGAUCGAUAGCCACAUGGAGACAGCUGAACAAAGAAUUUUUGAUAAGGUUCUUCAGAAACAUCCCACGUAAGAGAAGCUAUGAGGAACUCUACAUGUGCAAGCAAGGCGAGGGAGAAACACUAAGGGCGUACAUCGAAAGAUUCAAUAACGAAGCCAUGAAAAUUGAGCACCUCAACAACAAAACAGUGGUGCAGGCCUUAAAGAAGGGCACUCGGAUGGGAGUGCUAGGCGAUAAGCUAUGCUCGAAAAAACCGAAAACCUACCAUAAAGUCAUGGCAGUAGCACAUAAGUGUAUCAACAUAGACGAUGGAAGAAGGCAGAAAACCAGCGAAGCGCCAAGGAAGGAAGAAAGCAAGGGAAGCACUUCUUAA